AUGGAUGCAAACGACUGGCUGAUCCGGUCAUCCCACGACGUCCAGCAAAACGCGCCAAAGGCAUGGAUACCGACUAUCGCACAGUCGCGAAAGGAAUGGGACUUGAUCGCCGGCUCCGAAGCCGCAUUCAAGAACUCGCCGGGGCCUGGUGAUCGGUGGAAAAAGGAGGCGAUUUUCGAAUACUAUGGAUAG